AUGGAAGGAGGCAAGAACGGCAGCGUCUUCGACAGAGCCUCGCUUCGCGGCAGGGGGGAGGACCUCCUCGUCAUCGUCCUGAAGCGCAGCAGCCGGGCCCAAAGCACGGAGUGGCUCCGGUUCCCCAGGGUGCUCUCCCCGGACGCCAAGUGCCUGCUGCAGAAGAGGGAGCAGUGCUGCGAGAUCCGCCGCAAGGGCGAGGACAUCCUCGAGUUCGUCAUGGCGCGGGCGUCGGACGAGCAGUGGUGCAGGUGGCUGCGCUUGCCGUUGGAGCACGCCGUGGAGGCCGGCAAGGGGUGGUUGGUCGAGCCGCUGCUUGCGGCCGGAGCGGGGCUCGCCGGCGCCGUCGGCGGCGGCGGCCGAAGAGAAGGCGGAGGGAAGGGAGCGGGUACCGCGGCGGUGGCGGUGCCGGGGCCUGGCAAGCCCAGCUGUAGCGGCGGCGGUUGCAGCGGCGGUUGCAGCGGCGGUGGGUCCGCCCCGCCUUCCCCGUCACAGGAAUCCCCCUCUGUUUCUACACCGGCGUCCUCGUCGUGCGGCCACACGCCCCACCGCACCCCCGUCAAACAACAAGCGGGUUUGGAUUUCGCGUGGGCCUGCAGCGCUCCUUCCACGCCGCCGUCGUGCUCUACCGGGCCGCCUUCUAUUCGGCCGGAUGGAGGCGAGCCGUCAGCUUCGUCCGGCUGCAGCAGGAACUUCGGGAGCCAAGCACCACCGUCCUCUCCGCGGUGCGGUUCCCCAGGAGCCAGCAGCUCCCCGUCUCCAUCUUCUUCCGGUUCCACCUCCUCGAAUGGGUCCGACCACGCGUCGUCGCAUUCCCCCACGGCCGCCGCCAUCGCCAGCGUAACCAGCGACCCCCUGUGCCUGCACCGCGCGACCAUGGCUCGCGACGCGGGCCUCAUGCGCGAGCUCUUGGCCGCCGGAGUCGACCGGAACGCGGUCGACCUCUGGGACUGCACGGCCUUGCACCGCGCGGCCGAGCAGGAGCGGUCCGCGGAGCACGUGCGGCUUCUCCUGGCCGCGGGGCUAAACGUGCGGGCGCGGGAUAUGGAGGGUUACUCGCCGCUCCAUUUCGCAGCCGCCCGCGGCGCCGAGACCGCGGUCGUGGACCUUCUCGCUGCCGGGUCCUGCCUAUCGGACCGCGGCAACAACGGCGACAGCCCGCUGCAUAGCGCGGUCCGGUUCCUGUCCCUCCCGACCGUGCGCAUCCUGCUGGACUCGGACGCGGACGAGGCGGCCAAGAACAACGACGGUCAAACGCCGAGGGAAGUGACCGGCGUGCACCCGGACGGCCGGCCGCUGGAGAACCAGCCCGGCCCGGUCGUGCCGCGUAAGAUCGUGGCCCUGCUCGAUGCCGCCGUGCUGCGGCGCAAGUGGAAGCGGCGCGGGUGGCUCGUCAUGCUCCGGGCCAGGGCCCAGAGGCAGGCGGCUCUCGAGCUGGUCGAGGCCGCGAGGACCGGCUGCGUGGUGAUCGUACGAAAAGAGGACGAGGGCGUCGCCGCGGGGGGCAGUGAUGCCGAAGCCAGACCGUGUGAGAGCGGGGCUGAUGGCGGUGGCGAACCGGAGAAGAGCGAACCGGAGAAGGGGUGUGGUGGUGGUGGUGAUCGUGAUGGGUGUGGUGGUGGAGUGGCAGUGCCAGAGCGAAACCAGUCGGAAUUUUAUCAUCUCGUGGGGCAAACGACUCUUCUGACCGAGGAGGGCGUGUUCCAGAAGGUCGUGCAGUUUUUGUGAAAGCUAAGGUGAGAAAGAGACGCGCCGGCGCGUUCGUUUUUUUUUCUGGUGCUCUGCUGUACCGCUGCUGUGUGUGUUGUACGGGGAAGGGAGAAAUGCUGUCGGUACAUGUCGAUAGCUCGCUCGCUGCCUCUCCACAGGUUUUACCCGGAUAGGCGUGCUGGUAUAGAAGGAAACCAGGCCGGAGAGGUGUAGCACGAACAUAACGUACCAUAUAGUAUCUGCUGGAGAGAGACAGGAUCCGCACCCGCAAAUAAUGCCAUUGCGAUCGAGCCAAGUUUGAUAUUUUCUCCAUUCCUUCCUUCCGCACUGCCGCCGCUGCCGGUCUUGUUGCCGACGUCGCCCCCGUCUCCCCUGUUUGCUCUUCCGUGUUGACCUUAUUUCUAAACCGAUUAACGCGUGAGCCAGAGGCCUGGAGCCAGCGAGGAGGGCGUUGGGAGCGAAAAGCUGAAGGACGGCGACGACGAGUUGUUGUCGUGUCUUGGUUUCGCUCAUCAAGUCCUCAAAAGGGUAGAAUUUUCGAGCCAUCGUGCUCCCCUUGUGUAUUUGUUUUCUUGUUUCAUCGGGCUUUCGAUUGCUCGAUCGUUCCCGAGGUGUCGCUGCCAAGAGCAGCGAGCGUUGGCGUUAUGUUGCCUGUUUCUUCCGCGUUUGGUGGCACACCCGUCGCGAUUUUGACGGCACAACAACACUGGCACGGGGCGGGGGUGUUAUCUAUCGUCCCCCGACCUGGCGGACCACGAAUUAUCUUCGAGCAAUCUCAUGGGGUGAAUGAUUGACUCGUUGAUUUGCUUGGAUCAUUCUUGUUGUCAUUUUCGGGUCGAUUUUAUCCCCACCCCUCUUCUCGGUAUCUAUAGUAGGAUAUUUUAUUGUCGGACACAAAGCCAAGCGGUGAUUAUUGUAUUGCCUUAUUUUCGGACCAGCUUUGCUUUGGUGGCAGGAAGGGAGCCUAUUUUUGUUCGACAAUCAGGAACAAAGGACGGGCCAGGACACCACGUGUGCAGACGUGGCAGUUGAUGAGGACAGGAGGGGUCACAGCAGGCUCGAAAGCCUGCCAAAUGGGGGGGGGUGAGGUUGUUCGACGUGGAAAGAGCCGUUCGAGCAUGACUCGCAGCCUAACGUUGGAAACGACAUGGAAGUGGCAGCGUACAGGAGAUUUAGUGACUUCAAGGGCGCGGGGGGGGGGAGUUGUGUACAGGGGCAGGCGGGGUAUUGGCGGGGGGCUAGUGCGCAUCGCUUGUGUAAGGUUGGUUUGGUUCGCAAAUGCUAAACCGAAGCGCUCUGUAUUUUGCCGUGAGAGGCUGUCGUGGGCGAGGGGAGGGGGCGACGUGUUUGAAGUCGUCGGAGGGUGGUUGUUUGGCUUUUUGCUGUCAGCGCAUUGAGAGUUGAUCUGAAUCAGGGCGCAUCUGGUUGAUGGUAAGAGUCUACAAAAUGUUAAAACUCAAAAGCGACUUGCAGAAGAGCGAACACAGGAGACAACGGAGUGUCUAUCCGCGGCAGCUGUAACAUUAUUCUUUUUUUCACAACGCAAAGACAAAACAUAACAUAACAAGAGCGUUGACAACUCAAUCUAUGAGCAACCCGUUUGUGAAGCAGGCGGCUUUCUUUGCGGUGGGCAGUUUUCAAUCUGUGAUCUAUCUAUCUCGUGUGGUGUAUCGGUUUCGACCAUUCAUCCAUCGGGUUGCGGAUUAUUUGAUU